AACAAUUAAACAUUGAUCGCAUUUUUAAAAAAAUGUGUCUAACAUCUUUUUAAACUCAUAAUAGUUUUUACGUUUUAUCGUUCAGACACUAACUUAAGAAAAGUAUUUACUACGCAUUUUUACAUUUAUAUAAGAAAAUAUUUAUUCCAACAAUGAGUAAUCUCGUUGAAGAAGACAUCGGACAACUAAGGGAUGUUUUUGAGUAUUUUGAUAGCAAACACUCUGGUUUCAUUUCUUCAAAACAACUAGGUAUAACAUUACGUUGUUUGCAACCAAAACCUCUAGACAUUGAUAUUGAAGACAUGAUGCAAACCGUUGUUAAAGAAUGCAACGAUAAAAUUAAUUUUGAAGAUUUUUUGAACAAAGUAUGCGAAGUAAUAGAAAUAGCUCAUAUAAGAAAACAAAAUAAAAGUCACAGAGCGAGUUGUUAUAAAAAUCUAUCUGAAGCAAAUAUUCAAGAACUAAAAGAUUCUUUUGGUAUGUUUGACACAAAUGGCGAUGGGACAAUCUCAAUUCAUGAAAUGAGUGUUGUUAUGGAAUCUCUUGGUCACCAUGCAACAGAGGAAGAGAUAAAAAAAAUGAUGCGAGAUGUUCAAACAAAAGAGAGUUCCGGAAUUGACUUUGAAGAAUUUAUAAUUCUUAUGACUAGAAAAAAAAGCGCAGAUGAUCUCACAACUGAGCUAAAAGAGGCAUUUGACUAUUUUGAUAAAGAUGGCGACGGAUCAAUUAGCUCAGAAGAACUGCAGACAAUUAUGUCAAAAUUUGGAGAAAAUUUAACAAGCGAAGAACUUGAAGAAAUGAUGAAAGAAGCUGAUGCCAAUGGUGAUGGCAAAGUGGAUUAUGCAGAAUUUGUGAAGAUGAUGAACUUUUUCAAUAACUGAAGUGCAGAAAGUGAUUAGCUUAUUUAACAUUUUCUGGCAUGAAAACAUUGACAAACAUCUUUGACUUGGUGUAGUACGAAGAACACCUAUAAAGGUGAACUUCUUCAAUUGACUUCGUUAUCUUUAGAAUGAAUAAUAGUUUAUUUUAUAUCUAGAUUAUGUUUAUCAUAAUUAAAAACAACUGUAUUGUAAUAAAUAUUAUUAUGAUUUUAAAUUGUAUGAUUUAUUUAUACUUACUUUUUGAAGUAGUUUAAACUAUUUAUAUCGUAUUAACAUCAUAAUGUGUAUGAAACUAUGAUUUUGAAUUUUAAAAAAAUAUGAAAUUUUCAAA